UCAACAACGUAUUAAUUGUUUCAAUAUUGAACGCCAUUUGACAUAGUGGUUUCCUGAUAUCGGUUUCCUGUGAAAUUAACGGAGCAUCAGAAUAUCUAAAAUAAAAGUUACGAUGUGCGACAGACCUCCUAGGACUAUUUUAGGUGAAAUUGUUCAUGAAAUAAUUCAUCCGCAUCAUCACCAUCAUGGACAUUAUCCCCCGCCACCCCCUCCUUAUUAUGGGUUACCACCACCACCCCCACCACAUUUUGGUCACUAUGGACCACCACCACCACACCACUUCCACCAUGCACCAGUACCACCACCUCCACCUCCGUUGUACAGAUCACAUUUUAGACGUUCACCACCGUGCAAUCACAAUUACUACCAGUGGGGUUGUGGGCAUUGCUACGGAUGGGCUUGGUAGGGUAUAGUAGGAGGUUAUAAUGUAAAUGUUAAUUAUAAAAACCGUAUGAUCGAAUAAAAACGGCGUCAGCGAUGGUUAUGAAAUGAACAUCGAUGACAUUUCCCAUUUAAAUUUACGUAUAAAAUGACAGCGAUCUUCAUUUCAUAGCCAUGGCUGUAGCCGUUUUUAUUCGUUCAUACGGUACCUAGUUUAUGUAAAUUUUAUUGUUUAUCAAGUAAAUCAAAUAUCAUUUAUUUUUUAAUUUUAUAAUUUUUAUUUUUUUAGUUUAUAAAAUAAACGAUUUUAGUAUUAAUUUAAUUUAAGAAGUGCUUUAGACUACAUUAAUAAAUUGAUAUUAA